AUGGCUCGCAAUCCUGUCGAAACUCCUCAGUCUGCCAUCGUUGUGGUGAUCGACAUGAUGGAUCUGACUGUACAUCAACUGUAUAUCAUGAUGGGCGUUCUGGAUACUUCCCUCUUUGCCCUUGUCCUUGUCUGCCCGGUGGUGACCACAACUACCCCUGACCUGGCGUCGGUGUCUCUGCAGGUUCAGCAACUACAGACUGAAGUGUCCAACCUGACCUCAGAGCUUGCCAACGUCACGGGAGAGUUACUGAGACACCAAUCAGAGGUCAGGAAAUUCGCGUCCUACGUUGAGAACAUACAACGAAUUAUUGCCUAUGGUAGUCGCCAUGGUCAGUUUGGAGUUGAAGCCUCCGUGGGUUUCCAAGCAGAGUUAGAAAUGAACCCCGCACCAGUAGUCGACCGUGAAGUUCUCACCUUCUCUCACGUAUCCCAAAAUAGGGGAGACUGCUAUAACGCAUCAACAGGUAUCUUCACUGCUCCUGUUGCGGGCAUCUACCUUUUCUGGUGCAACAUCAUCAACUACGAUCGGCAUAACUCACUCUCCAUCUACAUAUACCGUGACUAUAAACCUCUGAGCUACGCCAUGGCCCCACCCGACGUAUAUCAAGGAGCUGCAUCUGUCUCGGCGUUGACUCAUCUGAAGGUUGGAAGCAAGGUGUGGUUUGUGAAGCACAGAGGAUCUGAGUCGCUGCAAGGUGCCGGAUGGUCCAGUUAUGGAGGAACUCUGAUCAGAGUUGGUUGA